AUGGGUCUUCUCGAAGUGCUGAAAAAGUUCAAGAGCACUCAGAGCAAGGAGUUGAGAAUAUUGUUGCUCGGUUUGGACAACGCCGGUAAGACGACGAUUCUGAAGGGAAUGGCCAGCGAGGACAUUGCGCAUGUCACCCCAACACAAGGUUUCAACAUCAAAUCGGUUGUCUCAGGGAACAUCAAGUUAAAUGUCUGGGAUAUCGGUGGACAGCGAAAGAUUCGGCCAUAUUGGAAGAACUAUUUCGAGAAAACUGAUGUCUUGAUAUAUGUAAUCGAUUCAUCGGAUAAGAAACGUUUCGAUGAGACUGGAAUGGAGUUGAUGGAUCUCCUUGAAGAGGAUAAACUCGCCCACGUUCCUCUACUCAUCUAUGCCAAUAAACAGGAUCUUGUUCACGCAGCUCGUGCUAGUGAAAUCGCGUCUGGGCUUCAACUGUUGGCAAUUCGUGAUCGAGAUUGGCAGAUUCAACCAUGCUCUGCCGUCAGUGGAGAAGGCAUUAAAGAUGGUUUGGAUUGGCUGGCGAAAAUCAUGGAGAAGAAAAAA